AUGUCACCACAUCACCACAGUUCUCGAAAUGAGAAAUCACAUCCGCACUCUCAUUCCCGUCGAGAUACUCGACAUGAAGCUCGUCACGAGAAAAAGAAAGUCACGCCGAAAAAUCUAGCGGCCACGUUGGGAAUGAUCGGCUUGGCGAUUGGGGCUACGUUGUUGACGGAGGGGGGUCCGUGGAAGAGUCGUAUGGCUGCUGCGGCUAUGGUGGUGGGCAUGGAGCAGGUGCUUGAGAGUGGGGGUUUCUUUGAUGGGAAGGGGGAAGGGGAGGGGAGGGUGGUUAAGGAGAGGGAGGAGAGGAGGGAGAGGAGAGAGAGAGGGGAGAGGGAGAGGGAAAGGGAAAAGAGGGAUGAGAGAAGGUUUGACGAGGAGAGGAGGAGGAGGGAUGUGAGGGAGGAGGAGGAGGAUGAAAGGGCAUAUCGAUACCGAAGCGAGAGGGGUAGAGAAGAAGAAGAGAGGAAAGAGACGAGAGGAAUGAGGCAUGGACAUGGACAUGAUUCAUACGGGAAAACAAGAAGAGAUACUCACGAUGAAGACGAUCGACGACGACGAGAGAGAAGAGCUAGGAGGGAAACCAACAGGCGAUUUGAUGAACAGUAUGAGAUUGAGGAGCUUCCCGUCUGA